AAUUGCACUACAAACGUCUACAUACGAAAUACAAACGAUUGCAUAUAGGAGUUAUUUAAAAAUACGUUCAGUCGGCGUCAAGUAUGAGCGAAUACAAGACAAACCGUAGUCUGAUACGGGCUUUAGAUAUCGGGUCCAGUGUGAAUCCCGCAUUACGCCCGCCAUUGAAGAAGCGGCGAGGAGCUUUUUCCCCGCGGGUUUCGGAACGCAGCGGACAAACUUGUAAACAUGUUAAAGUACGAAACGUACGAAACAGUUGAAACGCAUCGUGAUUAGUUAUAAUUGUCCGUUCGUGAAUUUCGGGGCAUCCGCGCGGCGAAUAAUUGCAAUCGAUUGUUGUCGACGACGAAAGUAUACGUAAAAUGCCUAAUAAAGAAGACGAUAUAUAAUUUUCCUUUUCUACCGGUACAUUUGCGCGGUAAAUAAUUAUCGUUCGUUUGUUAUUGUCGUGGCUACGUACGCGCAAGAUGUUUAAUAGAAACGAUUUUGAAUAUAUAUAUUUCGGUACAUUUACGCGCAUUUAAUUUCGCCGCAAAAUUGCAAGUUCCACUAAUUACGUGAACCACGUUUGCAUCUCCACGUGCAGUUGCCUUGGCUGGGAGUUCGUAAGGCACGACUCGCAAGAUUUUGAAUGAACGCCAAGGAUUUAAUCACAACUUUACUUCUCGGCUUUACAACUUGCGCGCGACAAAAGAGAGGACUUGAUCUAAUGCCGGAUUGAGUACGCGUCGCGUUCCGUUUCAUCUCACGACGGAUACAAUACGCGUCGCGUUUCAUUUACAAUUUGUACGCGACCAUGGAAGUGGACGAUACGACCCCUCUAGAUAGUAGCACGAUAACUGUGGCAGACUCGGUAUGGAAAUAUAUCAACAAUCCAAUAAUAUCAAUAUUCUCGGAAGAUUUGGAGAAUCCUCCGACAGAGCAGAUGCUCUGUUCCCUUCUGGAGUCCUUACUGAAGAGAUCUACGACCCUAACCACUAUACUAGUUCCGCCGUUUAGUAGCGACACAGCUGACAACACUUUACAGCAACAAUAUGCGGCAUUCACAACCUGGCUAUUCGGAACUAUGUUCUAUUUGGUCUGUAAACAAUCGAGCAAUGUGGUGCUUACAAAUAGCAUUGAGGUGCAAGCUUGUAUGCUGAGAAUAUUGUCGAGGCAUCACACGGUGAUGUUUGAGACUAUUUCUUCCGAGUAUUUGAGCAUACUCGAUGAGAUAUCAGAAUUUUAUGGUAGUACAGCGGAAGAAAUCACUCUCUCGAAGUUUCACACAGAAAAGGAUAUUAUAGAGAAUUUGGACUUGACACCAUUUCCUGUAAAAAUUCAAUCGUCAGACGUGCCAUCGAUUCAAACGUCUCUAUUAAAGAUAAUUACAAAAACUGGAGCUUCAGUUUGGGAUGAAGUAAAAUUAUGGGAUAAAAUUGUGACUAUUCUGGUCAACUCCCCUCCAAAUGUAAAGAUUGAAGCGUUACAGUUGUUCAUCGAAAUAAUGGAGAACAGUGUUGUUCGUGAUAAUAAAUGUACGAGCAUAAUUAUGUAUGGUCUAGAAAUAGUCAAAAGUCUUCCAACUUGGAUCGAUGCGGGUCAACUACCUGUACACAUGUUAUCUCAAUUUGCAAACACAUUAAAACAAUUAAUAAAAUUAUCACACGUUUCUGUUAAUAUAGCAGAUUUAUGUUUCCAAGUCAUUGACUUUAUAGCUUCUGAAUUUGUCACGUACAAUGUAAGAAUCGAGGAAAUGAAAGAAUUGGAAGAAGCAGCAUGUUACAAGAUUAAACAAUAUUUCAUUGCAGAACCACGGGCCUGUACUUCUUCAGAAGCAAAAAAGCUCUUGACUUACUUUGUACAUUGUCCAACUGUUAUCGAGAUUUUUGUCCAAUUUGUUUUUAUCGAUAUUCGACGAGCUGCUACACCAAAUGAAAGUAUUCUUGUAACAAAGAUCAGCGAGCCAUGGAAAUUAUUAACAAAAGAAUUAAAGAACCUCAUAGAAGUCGAAAAAUUCACAGAAGUAUUGCAUCUUGUUAAAGCCUCGGCUUUACUACAAUUGUGGCUGGAAAAACAACAAAUUCAAGUAAAACUAUAUGAGAACGACUUGAAUGUCAUUUUAAGGAUUCUCAUACAAAACUUGAAUUCUGAUAAAUGUCUAGAUGGGCGAACUAUCUUCCAAAUUUUAAUAAAUUUAAUGGCUCAUAACGAAUCGAACAAAGUUUUACUGCAAUCAAUAUUAGCAUUGCCGUUUACGCAAGAUUUUAAAGGCUCUAUGGACAUCAGCCAAAAAAUGGUGCAAAGAGCAAAAUCUCUGAAUGUUGAAGCAAUGUCGGAGUGUCUUGAAACGUUAUGCAUACAUGGCAAAGGAAAAGAAAGAUUAAAAUUGUUACGCACAUGUAUAUUAAAUGCUGAAAUGCAAAUAGCUAUUACAGCAGUAUCGCACAGUGUACUAUUGUUGAAUGAUACAAACAUUAAAUUGGAAGAUGUUUGCCAAUAUGUUUUAAACACUGCCUUGUCUUCAACAAAAGUAGAGAUACAUGAGGCGCUUGCAAACGUCUUAGGCCAAGUAGCCUGUGUCUCGUCAGGAAAGGGAAAGAUUGUUUUAUUAAGUGAAACAUCAGAUAAUAGAAAAUGGAAAAUACAUUGCGAAUGCUGUACAGAGAACAUAAAAAGUGUCAAAUCCAACUUGCAUUGUCUGCCAAGGGCUUACGAUAACAUUUUCAAUACAUAUUUCCAACUAUUCUCUUCAGCUAACGAUUCUAUACGUUUGCAUAUUUCCAAAAGUAUUCUUCCUUUUUCAAAUCAUAUAAAAUCAUUUAGCUCGAAUGAAGUAACAAAAAAAUGGCUUUCGUACAUACACGAUGAGAAUAUUGAGAUUCGGUCGAAUGUUGCGUCGAUAAUUGGGCAAUUAUUAAGUAAUAAGAUUGCGUUAGAAAGUAACGAUAAUUGUUUGCCGGAUACUGUACCCGAUGAUUUGGAUGAAUAUGUUGAUUUAGUAAUUGACGUUAUAGCCAAUACACUUAUGACUGCAUUGAAUACCUCCAAUCAUUCCGUACAUAAUACAUUACUUCACACUGCAAAAAAUUUCGUAUGUGUUCCAUUACAUUUAACAGAAAGAAGGAUGCUGGAUGUAUUUUUAAUCACAAUAACACAUCCAAAUUCGUCACACAUAGCUGUGGCGUCCGCCACAGCUACAUAUCGGGAUGUCGCUGACUUUCUGAAUGUUUCUCCGAAGGCUCUAUAUGUUCGACAUCGAAAGGAUAUCUUGAAACUUCUAAUGAAACGUGCUGUUAGCAAUUAUAUAAAUUUCUCGUAUAAUAUGGCAACUACGGUACAUCGCGUUGCCAAAUGUAUUGGCUAUGAAGGAUCACGUCAAUUGCUGUACAAGGAUGGUCAUUUUGCAGUCUGCUUUCUACUCGGCAUUAUCGUUGAAGUGCCAAACGCAAUUGCACUUUUAAAUGAUGUAGCCGAAUUGAUACGCAUGGACGUAAAACAAAUGCUUCAAGAAUAUUUUCCAUACAUUUGUAGUUAUGCGUUCCUACAAACGUCUCUCCGAAUAACUACAGAGUGUUUGAAACUUGUUACAAAACUCACGGAAAUUAGUCUUCCAGUUCUUACAAAGCAGUCCUUUAUGGGAAUUUUUGAAGAACUUAUGUUAAAUUUUUAUCAAUCGCCUGAAAAAAUAGUACGCUUGUUAGAAAUAAUCUCGGAAUAUGAUACCAAUCAGAAAGGAAACUUUGAUACCCAAGAGCAAAUUGUGUCUUAUCUGAAUCUACGAUUACAUGGUAUAUUGGUAAAUUUUGAUAUAAAACUCGGUCCCAAAUCAGAUGAAUAUACACAACAAUCUGCACUCGCUUCACUGACUGUUUUAAUUCGUUACAUGGGUGCUACUUACUUAACUCCGCUCAGAUAUAAAAUCUUAGCCACACUACGAACCUCGCUUGGAUUUAAAAGACCAGGUUUCCCACGCUUGGUUUGUGAUGCGUGGGAUGCGUUUAUUCACAAUAUAGCUAUUGAAGACUUAGGAUCGCUGUUUCCCACGAUAUGCGUAUCGUUAAUACCACUGCAAAAUAUAUUUCCGGAAAAAGUUAACAAUAUGUUAGAGUUUCUGAUUGUUCAGAAUAGUGGAGGAUAUAACAAUCACAUUUCAGAAUUAUUUUUUAUUGAUGACAUGAAAGUUCCCACUCAUAUAUCCGAUAUAGUCAAGGCACAUAUUUUACAGGCAAGACCUGAGGGAUUUAAUGCUAACUUAAAAUUAUGGUUGAAACGGAUUACCCACGAAACUGAUGAAGUGCGAAUUAGAGCUCUGAAACAUUUGCAGUCGUUUUUGGAGAAGCAUCGUAGUGAGCUUAACAAGAUGAUAUUAAGCGAAACUGAUGUCCACCCGUUAAUUGUUGAACUAUUAGAUACUCUGUUGAUUGGAUGUCAAGAUAAAGACGAAUCUAUCCGUUUAUGUUAUGGAGAAUGUCUUGGAGAAUUGGGAGCUAUUGAACCGAGUCUUCUUCCGCGAAGAAUUAUUUCUAAAGAGGAUAGCACAUUUAUAUCGGAUAUGAAUGAAGAGUUUGCAUGUGCACUACUUUCCGAACAUGUGCGAGCUUUUCAAAUGCAAAAAAAUAGCCAAAGCAUGGAUUGCUUUUCGCUUGCUAUACAGGAGAUAUUAAAAGCGUAUGAUAUUUCCCCGCAAGGUCGAAAUAAUAAAUUAUGGAAUAGUUUACCGUCCACAACACAACAGAUUAUUACUCCCUUCCUGACAUCGCAUUACAAAGUAGUGACUGUUAGCGAUAAUGAUGAAUUUUCGCAUCCUAUUUACGGUUCUGAAGCAGGUUCUUCAGUUGAAAACUGGGCUUAUAACUGGCUUUGCAGUAUGUCUAGUACUAUACGUGAUGCAACGCUCAGUAAUGUAUUACAGGCAUGCAAAUUGGCGUUCAAACGGGAUAUAAAAACAUUAAUAUUUUGUCUUCCGUACAUUGUGUCAUACAUAAUUGCCAAUAAUGGAGAAGAGGAACAUGUCAAGAUUAGAGAAGAGAUGUUAGCCGUGAUCAAUGUUAAACAGAAAUCUGUGUUAGAUCCUGAACUUCUGCGUCAUCGACCACUUAGAUAUGGACAAAGCGUAAAGACUGAUGACAGGAGAAUUUCGGAAGAAACUAGGCUUACACGCUGUUCGCGAGUGAUCUUUUGCAUAUUGGAUCAUUUGCAAAGAUGGCUCAGAGAACGAAGAUUAUGUCGAGAUUAUAGAUACAAGGCGAUAGAAAAAUUCUGCGUUAGAUUAGACAGUCUGGUAGUGGCAGAAGGUUGUUACCAAUCACGAGAAUAUCACCGUGCAUUGAUGUAUUUAGAGCAGCACAUGGCGUCUAGUAAUAAAGGUUUAUCGGAGCUAACAGAAGGUGGUUUACUCGCUAAAAUUUAUGCGCAACUCGAUGAACCUGACGGAGUAUCUGGUAUUCUGGCGACUCAAAAUCAGUCUCCUACCUUGCAACAAUUGGUUUUAGCUCAUGAAGUCAACGGGCAGCUUCAGGACGCAGCUACGUGCUACGAGAAACUCAUGCAGACAAAAGACUCGAAGCAUACAUAUCUGCAAGGUAUAAUUGAAUGUUACCUUGGUCUAGAUCAGCCUUUCACUGCCAAACACAUUACCGAAGGUCUGCUUAGUAACAGGCCAGAAUUAGAACCUCUCAUAACCGAACGUGAGCUUUUUUGGAAACUUGCUCACUUUUCCCGAUUUGAGGAGUCCUCGCAAAAAAAUAUAAAACACGUAUUGCUAGAUGAUCUUGUACAGGGCAGAAAACCAGAUUUGCUCUCGUUAAAGAAGAACUUGGUAUCGUUAUUAGAAGACGCUUCUCGACCGGGAGCUUAUCAACAGAGUUAUUCAUACAUUAUGAAAUUACAUAUAUUGAAUGAAUUUGAUAAAGCAACUUCAAUGAUGUUGGAUAAUACAGAAGGCCUCCCAGCAAUGCUGGAAGAAUGGGAAAAACGUGGGCAAUUAUUGAGAACAUCUCGCGGUGUAGAAUUCGUCCUGAGUAUGCGCAGAGCCACUUUGGAUUUAGCUGUACAAUUACAGCAAAAAAUUCAAAGUACAGAAAAUUUAAGCAAGAAAAUGCUUAAGCAAGAAAUUGGUAAAAUCUGGUUGAAGAGCGCAAAAAUUGCUAGAAAGACUGGCUUGCAUCAACAAGCGUAUAUGCAUAUUUUAUCGGCCAGUGAUUGCUGCCCGCCACAGCCAUUGUACAUAGAACAAGCCCAAUUGUAUUGGCAAAAGGCUUGUCAGGAAGAUGCUUUUACUACUUUAAAUCGUAGUUUUUCAAAUUGUUUUCAACCAGCACAAUAUUACAAACAAUUACCUUCCGGAAACUGCACCGAAGAAAGAAAAUACUAUGCAAAGGCAAAGCUUCUUUUUGCAAAAUACAACGAUGAAACUCUUAACGUCGAUACAGAUGGUUGUAUCCUUAACUAUAAAGAAGCGAUCGAGGUAUGGAGAGGCUGGGAAAAAAGUUGGGUAUUGUCUGCUCAGUAUUAUGAUACUAUUGUUGAGAGAAUGUCUGAAGACGACAAAGAUAGAAAUAAACGGGAUCUGCAAAUACACAUGAUGAAUUUUUAUGGCAAAUCGCUUCAAUAUGGCUGCAAGUACAUUCAUCAUUCGAUGCCUAAGAUGUUGACCAUCUGGUUGGAUAACGCUUCUCGUGCUGCAAUCACUUCCAAUUUACCAGAAGAUAUUAUUCGACUUCGGCGAGAUCGUCUGUUUAAAAUGACUCAGAUCAUGGAAGUUUACCAUAAUAGAUUACCAACGUUUAUGUGGCUGACGGCAUUCAGCCAACUUGUUUCAAGGAUUUGUCAUCCGUCUCCGCAAGUGCGAAGUACUCUUUGCACGAUUUUAGUGAAAUUAAUUUUAGCAUAUCCGCAAAAUUGCUUAUGGAUGAUGGCAUCAGUUUUUAAUUCUUCGUAUCCGGCGCGACUGAGCCGAUGUCAAGAAAUCUUAAAUCAUGCACAGUUAAAAACACCAGGCAUGUGUAAACUUGUUAAAGAUUUCCAGAGACUUUGGGAAAAACUCAUUGAAUUAUCUAACAAAUCGAUUCCAGAUGGAACACUAAAUACCACUGUGAGUAAUUUGUCAAAAACCUUGCCAAGGUUGCUUGCAAAGGAGUUCAGUACAAUCAUGAUGCCAACAACGAAAUUCCGACAACUACAUCUUCCGUCCAAGAACGCUUCAAUGGAGAAUCAUUGUCCAUUUAUAUUGAGAUGGGUACAUAUAGCGAAAAUAGAAGAGAACGUUGUAGUAAUGCCGUCGCUUCAACGACCGCGACGAAUCGCGCUGAGGGGAUCAGAUGGCAAAGAAUACCUCUUCAUGUGUAAGCCGAAAGACGAUUUACGCAAAGAUUUCAGAUUAAUGGAAUUUAAUGAUAUCGUGAAUAAAUAUCUUCAAAAUGAUCCGGAAUCACGACAAAGGAGGCUUUAUAUACGCACAUAUAGCGUGGCGCCAUUAAACGAAGAGUGCGGUUUAAUAGAAUGGGUACCAAAUUUGGUUGGUCUUCGGCCUACUAUUACGAAUCUAUAUAAAGAGAAAGGCAUUGCACCUGAAAAUAGGGAACUUAAACCGAUGAUAUGUGCACUGGGAGAUUCGUUAGAAAAGAAGAGGCAAAUGUUUCUAGAGAAACUAUUACCACGACAUCCUCCUGUAUUCGGAGAUUGGUUUCGCAUUAUGUUUCCCGAUUCAUAUGGGUGGUAUGAAGCUCGCACAGCAUAUAUUAGAACUACUGCCGUCAUGUCCAUGGUGGGAUACAUACUUGGGCUUGGUGAUCGCCAUGGGGAAAAUAUAUUGUUCGAUUCUAAAUGCGGAGAUUGCGUACAUGUUGAUUUCAACUGCUUGUUCAACAGGGGCGAACUUCUAGAGUGGGCUGAACGAGUACCAUUUCGCUUGACACAUAACAUGAUAGAUGCUAUGGGUCCUUUAAAAAUUGAAGGACCAUUCAGACGCGCCUGCCAAAUUACUAUGAGAGUACUUCGGCAAGAAUCGAGUACAUUGUUGAGCGUACUCACACCUUUUGUCUACGAUCCACUCGUUAGUUGGAAUAAAAAUCAACCUGGUAACGCAGCUGAAAAAACAAAUGAAAAGGCGGUAGAAAGCAUAAAAAAUAUUGAGCAACGAUUGAAAGGUUUAGUACGAUAUCCUGGAAGAAAGGCAGAAAAUAUCGCGUUACAUCUUAGUGUCGAAGGACAAAUUAAUCAUUUAAUUUUGGAAGCGACAAACAUAGAUAAUCUAUGCCAAAUGUACUUUGGUUGGGGUGCAUUUUUGUAACGAUACUUAUUUGUAACAAGUAUUGCUGAAACAGGAUAAAUACAGGACACAAUCUUACAUGUAUAUGUAUACAUAUACACUGAGAAAAAUUGUUGAUUUACUAAAUAUGUUCAGUUAGCAGAAAUUCUUUAGUUGAAAGAUAUAUGUAUAUAUAUAUAUAUAUUUAUUAAAAAUAUAUUUUUUAAUUAAGAGGUA